AUGGAUCCGAGACUAGAGGAAGCAGCUUAUGCGGGAGACCUCACUUUGUUGCGGCGUUUGCUACAAGAAGACCGGCUCCUGCUCCACAGGCAAGCCAUCGCCGCGGCUCACCUGUCGGACAGCCCCCUCCACAUCGCUGCAUCGCUCGGCCACUCCGACCUGGUCCGGGAGAUCCUCACCGUAAACCCGGAGCUCGCGCAUGGCCGCAACCGCGAAGGCCUUUCCGCCUUGCACCUGGCCGCUGCCCAAGGCCACUUAUCCGUGGUGAACGAGCUGCUGCAGUACGCAGCCGCUGCCAAUAUCUGCUUGGCGACCGACAACGAUGGCUUCAUGCCGGCCUACACUGCAGCCUUACGAGGCAGGCUUGAUGUAUUGACUGUGUUACUGGAUUCGUGCCCGGAGUCCGCGCGAGCUGUGACAUCGCAAGGUGACUCCAUCUUUCAUCUUACUGUGAAAUCAAACAGCUUCGAGACCGUGCAGUUCUUGCUGAACAGAACGGAUGAGAACGAUGAGCUACUCAACUCUGGAGAUGCGAAAGGCAACACCGUCCUGCACCUUGCUGUGGCCAGAAAACAGCUCCAGAUUGUGAAGUUGCUUCUGGGAUGGCGAGGUAUCAAUGCCAACGCCACCAACAUGAGAGGCGACACCGUCCUUGAUAUGCUGCUGGAUUCACCCUGCCAACAAGGAGAUCUAUUGUUGGGAGAACUGAUUCGAGCAGCAGGUGGAAGAACCGCCGCAGAAGAAGAAGGGAAGCCUCAACCGAAAUCGUCACCGAGUGAUGCCAGAGCCUCUGCCACUGUCGCCUUACACAGAAGCCGACUAAAUUGGUCUGAACCUAAAGAAAAGUACAACAACAAACCAGCAACACUAAUGGUGGUGGCGACGUUGAUCGCCACCAUCACAUUCGAAGCUGGGUUGAACCCCCCAGGUGGGUUUAACCAGAAAGAUGAUGUUGGUUCCCCCUACACUUCUAGUCUCAAGUUAUUCCUGCUGUUCGACAUGUUCGGGUUGUUUGCAUCCUCGAGCAUCAUUCUUUUGUUGAUAUGUUGUGUUCCCAGACGGAAGAAAACGGUGAUGGGAAUCCUAAAGUGGAUUCUAUGGCUGGCGGUGUUCUCGACGGCGUUAGCAUUCUCGAUCGCCAUUAGGCGAAUAUGA